AUGAUAUAAUAGAUUAAAUAAUACAACAAAUUAGAAGAAUUUUUAAACUCUUCACUUUAAUCUCAUUAAGUUCUCCAUAUUAAUCUAGAAUACGAAUAAACUGGUGCAAAAGGUACAUCUGGCUUAGGUUCUGCUUUAGCAAAGUGCAUUAAUCUCUCAAAUUUGACACUUGAUCUUUAGUUCAAUUACAUUGGUGCAACAGGUGCAUCAGACUUAAGUUCUGCUUUAGCAAAGUGCAUUAAUCUCUCAAAUUUGACACUUAAUCUUAGGUCCAAUUAAAUUGGUGAAAUAGGUGCAUCAGGCUUAGGUUCUGCUUUAAUAAAGUGCAUUAAUCUCUCAAAUUUGGCACUUAAUCUUUUUUUGAAUUAAAUUGGUGCAAUAGGUGCAUCAGGCUUAAGUUCUGCUUUAGCAAAGUGCAUUAAUCUCUCAAAUUUGACACUUGAUCUUAGUUUGAAUAAAAUUGGUGAUGAAGGUACAUCAGGCUUAGCUUCUGCUUUAGCAAAGUGCAUUAAUCUCUCAAAUUUGACACUUAUUCUUAGUGAAAAUUAAAUUGGUGCAACAGGUGCAUCAGAAUUAAGUUCUGCUUUAGAAAAGUGCAUUAAUCUCUCAAAUUUGACACUUAUUCUUAGUGAAAAUUAAAUUGGUACAACAGGUGCAUCAGACUUAGGUUCUGCUUUAGCAAAGUGCAUUAAUCUCUCAAAUUUGAUACUUAAUCUUAAUGAAAAUUAAAUUGGUGCAACAGGUGCAUCAGGCUUAGGUUCUGCUUUAACAAAGUGCAUUAAUCUCUCAAAUUUGACACUUAUUCUUAGAAGGAAUAUAUUUGGUGAUGAAGGUGCAUCAGGCUUAGGUUCUGCUUUAGCAAAGUGCAUUAAUCUCUCAAAUUUGAAACUUGAUCUUAGGCACAAUGAAAUUGGUACAAUAGGUGCAUCAGGCUUACGUUCUGGCUUAGCAAAGUGCAUUAAUCUCUCAAAAUUGACACUUGAUCUUAGUCACAAUUAAAUUGGUGCAACAGGUGCAUCAGGCUUAGGUUCUGAUUUAGCAAAGUGCAUUAAUCUCUCAAAUUUGACACUUUAUCUGUUUAACAAUUAAAUUGAUGCAAAAGGUGCAUCAGGCUUAGGUUCUGCUUUAGCAAAGUGCAUUAAUCUCUCAAAUUUGACACUUGAUCUUAGUAUUAAUAAAAUUGGUGCAAUAGGUGCAUCAGGUUUAGGUUCUGCCUUAGCAAAGUGCAUUAAUCUCUCAAAUUUGACACUUUUUCUGUUUUCCAAUAAAAUUGGUGCAACAGGUGCAUCAGGCUUAAGUUCUGCUUUAGCAAAGUGCAUUAAUCUCUCAAAUUUGAGACUUGAUCUUAGUGGAAAUUAAAUUGGUGGUAAAGGUGCAUCAUGCUUAGGUUCCGGUUUAGCAAAGUGUAUUAAUCUCUUAAAUUUGACACUUUAUAUUAUUGACAAUGAAAUUGAUGAUGAAGGUGCAUCAGGCUUAGGUUCUGCUUAUGCAAAGUGCAUUAAUCUCUAAAAUUUGACACUUUAUCUUUGUAAGAAUAAAAUUGGUGAUGAAGGUGCAUCAGGUUUAGUUUCUGCUUUAGCAAAGUGCAUCAAUCUCUCAAAUUUGACACUUAAUCUUAAUGGAAAUUAAAUUGGUGCAAUAGGUGCAUCAGGCUUAGGUUAUGCUUUAGCAAUGUGCAUUAAUCUCUCAAAUUUGACACUUUAUCUUAGUUCCAAUAAAACUGGUGCAACAGGUGCAUCAGGCUUAGGUUUUGCUUUAGCAAAGUGCAUUAAUCUCAGAAAUUUGAAACUUAAUCUUAAUGGCAAUAAAAUUGGUGCAACAGGUGCAUCAGGCUUAGGUUCUUCUUUAGCAAAGUGCAUUAAUCUCUCAAAUUUGACACUUGAUCUUAGUUACAAUCAAAUUUGUGGUAAAGGUGCAUCAGACUUAGGUUCUGCUUUAGCAAAGUGUAUUAAUCUCUCAAAUUUGACACUUGAUCUUUGGUAAAAAUAGUUUAUUUAUUUUGGAUUGUGA